CUGACUGACUGCUGAAGCUGUCCACGUUUGUCCGGUAACACAGUGUGUAUGUAAAUGAGCCGUGUCCGCUGUCGGUCCUCAGCAGCGCUCGGAGCUCCUUCAAAAGGUCGGACAUGAAGCUGCUGGACGAGCGGAUCUGGUCGCUGUUCAAGCGCCACUGGCAGCAGACUCUGACCUACUGGAGCGUGUUCUUCAGCUUCGGUCUCUGCAUCGCCUUCCUCGGACCCACCAUCCUGGACCUGAGGUGCCAGACCCAGUCCACCCUGCAGCAGAUCACCUGGGUCUUCUUCUCUCAGCAGUUCUUCCUGUUGGUGGGCAGCAGCAUGGGAGGACUCUUCAAGAAGACACUCCUGUCCUCCCUGAUAGCCCUGCUCUCCUGCACUUUCAUCAUCUCGCUAGUGUUUGCUAUCAUACCAUUAUGUCACCACAUUGUACUGUUGUCCAUUGCCAUGGCGAUUGCUGGCAAAGCCAUGGGGGUGAUUGACACCAUAGCCAACCUGCAGCUGGUGAAACUGUACCAGAAGGACUCCCCCAUCUUCCUGCAGGCCUUGCAUUUUUUUAUAGGCCUGGGAGCACUGGUCAGUCCCCUGGUAGCUGAUCCUUUCCUGUCAGAGGACAGCUGUGUCCUUGGUGCCAACUGGACCUCCAACUCAUCCUCCUCGGACCUGGAGCACCUCCGCAGCAGCAUGGCUGGGCAUGGAGCAGCGUUACACAACAUCUCCCAGUAUCCUCUGUACACCGAGGGUGUAGUCGUCACCAAGGUGUCCUACGCUUUCUGGAUCAUGGCUUUAAUCAAUCUCCCUGUGCCAGCAGCAGUGCUCACACUGAUGUACCAUGAGAGACUGCUGCCAUGCUCCAACAACAGUCCACGUCUGCUCGAUGGAAACUCUCCGUCCAACACGAGCUCCAGGGAGGACAGUGGUCAAGGUCAUGGGAGUGUGUUUGUCUGCUGUAACACUGCCAAGCUCUGGGUCCGCCCUGCUACUUUCUUCAUCCUCCAUGCUCUGGGUGGGGCUAUCCUCUUCCUCACUGAUGGGAUUAUAGGUUCCUAUGCCGGCUUUGUCUACACCUAUGCUGUGUCCCCACCUCUGCUCAUGGGUCAUAAGACCGCCGGCUGUCUGGACAGUGUAUUCUGGGCCUCCAUCACAGUUGGAAGACUGACUUUCAUCUACCUGUCCUACAGAUACACAGCACCCAGGCUGCUAUCCUUCAGUCUGGUUGGGGUCAUACUAGUGCAGUGCCUGUUGCUGAUCUUCUACACCAGCUGUGUAUUUCUCUUCAUUGGUACCUGUGUGUUGGGACUGUGCAUCAGUAGUGUGUUCCCCUCUAUGCUGGCAUUUACAGAGGAUAUACUGGAAUACAAAGGUUGUGCCACAACUGUCCUGGUUACGAGUGCAAGCACAGGAGAGAUGAUGCUGCAGCUGCUCGUUGGAUCUGUGAUCCACAGUGAGGGCAGUUAUGCUUUCCUGUUGUGCUGUACAAUAGCAUCAUUCAUCAGCCUCUGCCUCUUCCUGCUGUUCCUCUAUGUCCAGCACAUCCACAGGAACCACCACACAGAUUCAUCUAAAAACACAGAAAUGCAAGAGAAGCCCCAAACAGGAAGCUCCUGAUCUCACAGUCUGUGACAGGCCGACCCGAGGACACAAUUGACCAAGUGGCUCUGCUGCUGUCACUGUUGAAACCCUUUCUGAGGCUACAGCCUUGUACCUUAUUGUCUGAAUUUGAGAUUUUUUUCUGAACUUUUUGCUGGACAUAAAGAGAAGUCUGUUCUAAAGCCUGAUGAUCAACGUGCAGCUCAAAGGAUGACUGGUGCGCGACUUGAUUUACUGUUCGGCACAAUCAUCUUUUGCAGCACAUUAUAGUGAUAUUCGAAAGAGAUUUUAAUGAUUAAAUAUUGCCUUUUUAUGUAAGUGAGUGGACUGUGGUGGGUUUCUGAAGUCUGCUCUUUAACACCUGCAACAUAAUUGGUUGCUGCUGUUGAUAUGUCUCAUAUGAAUCUGUGUACACACUACUGUUGUGAUUUUCUGCUGAUUGCAUGGGCAUUACUGUAAUAACACAUGACGUAAUGACAGAAUACAGACAUUGUUAGAGAUCUUUAAUUAUUGGUCUCGACUAUCUCUUCCAUUAUAAACACAUCCUCUACACCUCUCACACAUCAAUACGCCACUUAAGACAAGCAGCUUGUAAACAUUUGAAAAAGCAUCAAACAAAACUGGACAGAACAAAGCAAGAACUGUGUCAUUUCUUUUUAAAAUGAGAUUUUACAUUUCAAGGUAAGUUGAAGGAAAAACAUCAUCAGAAGAUACAAAUGAAGACAUAUGCAAAUGAUAAGUCCUAUAAGACUUAAUGGAGGAAAGUCUUUUUAAAUGGGUUCUGGGGUUAUAAUGCAGCUAUUUUAUGUUUUUUUUUUCAUCAAAGUUACUGCAAAACUGCAAUAUAAGCUUCCAAUUCUAUUGGGCUCCGUUAUAAAUUCAAAUAAAUAAAUAUUGUGUGGUUGUGCCUAAUCACAAAUUAUUGUAAAUGGUUUGAUAUAUAUUGUAAAAUAUUAGAUUUAUCGUAUAAAAUACGAAGUGCAUAAUUUUAUCCUCCCUUUGGGAAAAUAUACAUUUCAUAGUAAGCAAACGUCACCAACAUUUCAUCAAAGAGGAAAUCUGAGUCAUAGAAAAGUGACAGAAUCCAAUACUACAGGAACCCCAAAAGUUUAAGUGCAAACGUUCCAUCACAACAUCUGCUUGUACAAUAUCAACACUAUAUCAAAACACUUUACAUAUAAAACAUAGAUUUAGAUUUCUCCCCAUAAGGCUUUGAUUCCCAAAAAAUAGCCAAUACCUCCAUGGGGCAGCCGCCUCCCAAAUAGGCAAGAGGAAAAACAACAUAAAGAAACACAUGCACAAGGAGAACAUUAUAUCAGAGAACCAAAUCUCUAACCAUGUGGCAGUUACAAAAAUAGAAAUUAAUCUUAAAAUCGGUGUUACAGGAAAAUGAAAGGAGAAUACACAAAAAUAAUAAACAGGAUUUUUAUAUAUAUAUAUAUAUAUAUAUAUAUAUAUAUAUAUAUAUAUA